UUAAAUAUAUCUACGACAUUAUAUAUAUAAUGGAUAAUUUCAAUGUAGAAUGUAUUAACAUCUGUCUCAGUUGUACGGAGAAAAACUUAAUUGGAUUGUUAAGUAUUAUUUAUAAUGCUUUUGCCCAGGUAGUCUUUUUCAUUCUCAAGUCCAAAAUGAUGCCAGUUCUUGUAUUUUUCUUCAUCUCUUGCAUAAUUACUUUUUUUUGCAAGGAGUAUGUGCCACAAACUGUAGAAACACCACGAGUGAGUAUCUUUGAACUAUUGUCCGAGUUUUCACCUUCCGAUCCAACAUGCUUAGAGCUCUAUUUAACUUUGUUUCCUACAAAGUUUCCUGAGAUACCUGGCGAGAAUGAGGUUAGAUCGGAAUAUAUAACUAAAUCAGGGAAAUUAACAAAAAAACGUUAAAUUUUGCAUUA